AUGGCCCGCAAACGCAAUCAACUCAUGAACAUGUUCCCUCCUGGGAAGGUUACCGCAGAACAAGCGUCAGAAGCCCUUCGAAAAAGCCGUGGAGAUUUGGAAAAGGCCAAGGCAAUGAUCCAAGCCGGAAAAGACGCGAAAGAUACCAAGCCAUCGGCAAGAACAACCUCAUCCGCCGCCAAGAAACCAGCAGCUGCUGCUGUUUCAUCGUCAUCCAAGGAAAACAAAUUGCCAUCAAAGCCUGCUGCCACUACCAAGGAAUACAGCAACAACGCCAUGGAAAAUGACAAGAAGAAUACUGAUGAAAAUGUUGUUAAUAGUCGACGUCCUCCCAAGACGGUGGUGGCCAUUAACAACUUGUCGGAUCGUCAGUAUUGCUGCGUUUGGUGGGUGGAGGAAAUCAAGGAUGGAUAUCGUCCCGAUAUUUCCCGCAGUUUACUGGCCGAAGUGGCACGGCACGCCAAUUUGAUUUUGCGAGAUCGAGGAUGGCGCGUCAAGCGCCUCAUCGAAAGUACCAGCACGCGCUUUUUGGGCGUCUGCUAUUCCAAUGGACGCAACGAUGCGGACGCGGCAUCGGCCAAUAUCAUGCUCAAUCUACGUCAACGCCCCGACAAGAAUUGUCGACAAUUUCGGACCUUUGCGCAAAUCAUGGCCGUCAUGAUCCAUGAAGUCACGCACAUCAGCAUUGGACUCGAGGAUAUUCAUCCACCCGCCUUUUGGGAAUUGAUGCAAGAAUGCAAAAAAGAAUAUCAACAAAAAUUGGCCGCGGAAGAAUUGGAACAGGAAACCGAUGAUUAUGGCUGCAAAGACAAGUACAUUACGGGGACGGGAGAGGUCUCCACCCUGCAACAAUCCGCGGGCACUGUUGUUUCCGCGGAAGGAAUGACACUGGGAGAAGACCACUGGUGUGGUGCCAAGAGAGCAAGACCAUCGUAUUCACGCCGUGGAACCAAACGAUCGUCGGUCCAGGCCGUGGGCAUCAAGGCGGCCGAGCUACAGCAAAAGCGUCGUCCACUCAAAAAGGGAACCAAAAUGAUUGACAAACGAACCAAAGAUGGCAAGGCCAAGGCGGCGGCUCUCAAGAGGCUGACUCCCCGAGAGUUGGCUGCCCGAGCUGCUCUGGAACGAUGGCAAGGCAAUGCCUCUGGUACCAAUGACAAAGACAACAAUAAAGUGAGCAAUCAAGAGGAAGAGACGACGACGACGAUCUUUGUGGAAGUGAUUGAAGAUCAUCCCAGCGUCUGUGGUUGUCGCUGUUGUGAGUGGGAUAAGUUGCUUUGCCAACCAGCCAACUGA